CUGCUAACGUGGUGAUAAGCGGUUGUUUGCCUGUGCUCUGGAGCAAGCGUGGUUUAUCUCUUCCUUGUUCCAGACCCGGAGAGAAGAAGCCUGUCGAUUCCGCUGCCGUGGGACCACCAGAUGCCCUGCAGUAACCUGUCCCUGCACAGAAGGACCUUCCUGCCUUAGCCAGCCCAUCCUGCCAAGCACCCUGCUAGCGAUGGCCUCAGCACCCCAGUGAGAACAGCAACACCAGGACCGAGUCCCCCCCAACAGCACCACAUCCAUUGGGAGAGCCAUGGAGGCCCCUCCGGAUGUUCCUGUAGGGAAUCUCAUUGACUUUGACACCGAAACCCCCACCUGCAUCCCUUCGGAGCCAUCAGCCACCAAUGGCAACGGGCACCUGGGGGACACAGGGGAUGUGGCCGGGGAGGAGAGCGAUGCCACUGAGUCUGCAGACAGUGAGAAUGACAUGGGUGACUCCCCCCAGCACUGGGGCAGGUACCACCGCUCCUCAUCCAACGAGUCCUUCUCCUCCAGCCAGAGCACGGAGUCGGCUCGGGAUGAGGACAUGGCUGAGCGCAGGGAGUUCAUGCGGCACUAUGUGGAGAAGAUCUUCACCGGGGGAGAGGAUCUGGACCAGGAAGAGAAGGCCAGGUUUGGUGAGCUCUGCAGCAGCGAGAAUGGGAAGGGCAGGGAGUGGUUUGCAAGAUACGUGAGUGCUCAGCGCUGCAACUCCAAGUGCGUCUCAGAACAGACCUUCUACCGCCUGAUGCAGUCCUUUGCCCUCGUGCUGUUUGAGUGUCACCAGAUGGAUGACUUCAGCCCUGCCAAGAACCUCAUGACCAUGUGUUUCACCUACUACUACGUGGGCAAGACCCACACUCUGCCCUUGGAGGCCAAGGAGAAGCCCAUGGGCAGCAUUGACUCGUACCUGAAGUCAGCAAACAGCUGGUUGGCAGAGAAGAAGGACGUCGCAGAGCGGCUGCUGAAAACCACAUCUGCCAAGACAGAGAAUGUCAAGGGCUUCUUUGGGGGCCUGGAGACCAAACUGAAGGGUCCUACCAGCAAAAAGAGCGAGGAAGGGGAGGACAAACCAAAGGAGAAGCUGAAGAAGACGGUUUCCAUGCAGAGCCCAGAGGAGGAGAAGAAAGGAGAGAAGAUCUACCUGUACAUGCACCUCAAGCAGCAGCCCAUCUGGCACAACCUGCGGUUUUGGAAUGCUGCCUUCUUUGACGCUGUGCACUGCGAGCGCAGGAAGCGGUCCCCAACCACCAGGGAGAAGUGGUGCCACAUGACACAGGAGGAGCGUGAUGACAGCCUCCGCUUUAAUGAGAACAUCACCUUCGGGCAGCUGGGCACCUUCAUCCACAACAUGCUGGCGUUUGGCCUGAACAAGAAGCUCUGCAGCGACUUCCUGAAGAAGCAGGCGACCAUUGGCAACUUGGAUGAAGAGCAAUUCAAGCUGCUCAGUGACCACAUUGAGCAGAUGGCUACCGAAUAGCUGCCUGGCCAUCGUGCUGUGGUUGGAGCAGGCGGAAUGGGGAGAGAAACCCACCAUUGGGGAUAUACCUGAAACUGAAGCUGUGCUGCUUUGAGAAUCACACACACAAGCUGCAAUAAAACCUGCAUGAUCAUCCAACAACCCUUAGCGCUGCACCAAGGCAGCACGUAGAAAUAGGAGAUAAACAGCCCCCUGCCCCUUGUCAGAACCCCUCGCAUCUGUUUUCAGAGUAGACAGCCCCAAAAGUGUAUUUUGUGAGUAAAAAAAGCAAAACCAAACCCAAACAAAUGCAAAGAGAGAGUGACUACUGCAGGCUCCAGGUGUGUUUGCGAGAGCUGGAUUGAGGGUCUCCAUCCAUGGAGCUCAUCCAUCCAUCCUCCAUGGAAUGCUGCCUGUGGUCUGGGGUGUUCCAUGGCACAACAGCAGCAAACGUGUUCACAGCUCGGUGCUUUCCCAAGGCUGCUGUGGAUGGUGGUAAAUCCAAAGGAAUCCAAGGUUGUGACCCUCCUGUUGCCUUUCCCCCCCUGGCAUCUGCAUGGAGGCUGGAGCUGGACCAGGGCUAUGGGAGGUGAUGGCAGGGACCACAUCCAGCCCCUGGGGCCACAUCCAGCCACCAAGGGAAGCCAAUUCCCUUGGAAGAGCAUCCUCUACUUUGACACAUCUCCCUCCAUAGUGAGGCACUGGGUGUUCUCAGCACAUGGGUUUAUCCUGGCAAUGCAGGACCUGGCUGCUGGGGAUGGCAAUGGGAUGCAGCAUCUAAAUCAGGCCAACAGGUUGGGUUGUGUCCCCAGGAUGUCACCACUGCCUGGGGGCAUGGGCAGUGUGGGGGCUUGCUGGGAGCAGAGAUGGGGCUGGCAAAGUGCUAUUGCCUUCCUCUCUAUAAGGCUCCUUGGGAGCUGGGGAGAAAUCCUUCCCUUAGGACACCUUCCCUGCACCACAUGUGUGGGUUUGUACCUGGGGGCAGAGAGAAAAUGCAGUUUGCUCCGUAUCAUUAUCCUGGAUCAGCGGGAUAAAACCCGUGGCCUUGGGCAGGAUUGCUGGGAGAGGAGCACACACAGAAGCUGCUUGGGAGGAGGUAGCAAAACAGCACCAAGGCAGAUUGCCCCUGGACCCGCUCCUGCUGCAUCCUCAGCAUCAGGGCUGCCGUGGGCUUAUGGUGCUUUGCAAAGCCUCCUGGUUUCCCAAAGCAGCCGUGCUAUGAGAUUAAUCACCCUCUUUCCCCAGCCUGCAUCUCGCUGCCCUCUCCUUCCCCAGCCCCUUCGCUCCAUCGAUCAAACCUGAAAUAGCUCUGUCUUAAGCACAUCUCCUAUUCUGCUACAGUGAUGGCAGCUACCCAGUAUGCAGUGUAUCUGCUUUACCCUUGGCACAGGGUUUGCAGGGAGGAUGGGGACAUGGGGACAUUGCUGCUCCCCACCACAGGGCACAUCCCUGUUCAGAUGGGACCUGGUCAGCUCAGCCCAUGGGGUCAGCAAACCCCAGCUCCAAGCAUCCAUGGGUCCAUCAAGCAGUCUCUCCCCCAAAAUACUGUCCUGAAACACAAGUCCAGGUUCCAAGUGAUCCUCAGUCCUUUUUUCCCCAUGCUGUUGGCAUAUCCCAUCAGAUAAAUAGCAAAACAGUGUUUUCUCCCUGUUUCUGGUGUCAUUUCCUACCAUCAGAAUGGUGGUUUCACCUAAGCUGGGCUUCCCUUGCCACUGGGGCUGAGGCUAUGCUCCAUGCUGGGUCUUGUAUGAAGGAUUGGAUCCAGCACUGGCUUACUCUUGGCCAUUCCCCAGUGUGGGCAGUGUUACCAGAGAAUGGUUUUUGUUGGGGUAAGGGACUGUCAGAGAGGCCUAACAUGCACCUACUUGAUGGAGAAGAUGUGCUGGACCGCAGAUAUCAGGCAGGACCUGCAUACUGGAGCAUCCCAUCCCUUUAGCAUCCCUGUGUCUAUCUCCACUCAGGUCUUUCCCGAAUCCUGCUUUGUUUCUUUAUUAUCAUCUUUUUUCCCCAACAUGAAAAGAAGUUCAGCAGUGAAGUGUAUAUUAUUUGCACGUGUAUUUUUCUACCAAAAAGAAUUAAAAUGAAAUAAAAAAUGUCCAUAAUCCCUUCCCAGCUGUGUGAAGGAUGGGGUGAGACAGAGUGAA